CAGUGAUGAACUUACUAUCUCUUCCACCUUUCUGCUAUUAACAAUUUUGCUAACAUGAAAUACUCACACAGUGCGUGGAAACCUUCCAAAAGAUCAGCUCAGGAUGCGGAGACGACCACGCAGACAUGUACGGCGGUGGAAUGGUCAUUCGAACCAACAAGGGCGGAUGUGUGCAGUGGUUGCUGUACAGCCACAGUGUCAAGGGCGAAUGCAGCUGCAAUGAGAAUGGCUGCACGGAUGACAGUCCCGCUUGUUGUGCCAAUGGCACCUGUGAUACGGAUCAGAAGGCGACGGUCGCGAGGGUAAGGUUGAUCAGGCCCGAGGAGGUGGAUACUCGCUACAGUGCGCAGUUGACUGCGAAGCUGCAUGCAGGUGCGAAUCUUACCUCCACUGUACUCACAUCUGGUGGGAUUGGGACUCCGGUGGCAGAGAUUUGAGGGGUGUUUACUGGUUAAUUAUAUUGGGCGGAAAAUUUUUAAUGUGUAUGCUAUAGUGUGUAUGACUAGCUAUAAUAGGG